AUGAGCGCAGUGCCUGGCGUUCCUGAAGAUCUGGCGCAGAAGUUGGGCAUGCUCGGCGAACCAGAUCUGCGCAUCCUCAAAGGUUUCGACAGCUUUGGAGAGUCUGAGGCGGUCCAUCAGUCGCUCAAGUCUAGCAAGUCAGGAGGAAAUGGUAGCAAAUUCACACGUGUCCGAAAGAAAUGA